AUGGCAGAAACCAAGGAAAACAAGUACGCCAUACACGAGGCGGCUCGAGAUGGCAGAUUACAAGUGGUGGAGUCUCUAUUGAGCGUAAAUCCAAAACUGGCGAAUCUGGUAGAUCAGGAUGAAAGACUGCCUCUCCACUGGGCAUGCGCAUUCAACCACCUUGAUAUCGUCAAAGUUCUAGCCUCGACCCGCACCUUCGAUCCCGACGUCGUGGAUGGCUCAGGAUGGACGCCACUUGCCAUCGCAUCGAGUUUAAAGGACAACAGUGGUGAGGCAAUCGUCGAAAUCCUCCUGACCAAGGAAGCCGAUCCAAAAAUUCCUACAAACACUGGAGCUACUGCUCUUCAUUUCGCGACAUCCAAAGGAAAUCUUGAAAUAUGCAAGACACUAUUGAAGAAUGGUGCCUCCGCAAGAGCCAAGGAUAAACGAGGACAGCUACCCUUACACAGAGCCGCAGCGAUAGGCAGUGUGCCCAUUGUGAAGCUUCUACUCGAGAACAAGAGUCCUGUAAAUGCUACGGACAUGGACGGACUGACCGCGCUACAUCACGCUAUCAGUGAAGGCAACGGCGACGUUGCGGUGGAGCUACUUAAGGCUGGCGCCGAGACUGAUAAGAAGGAUGUUGAUGGACGACUGGCGAUCGAAUGUGCACCGGAUUCCAAAGUACGAUCCUACAUCAUCCAAGCUGCCGAACGAGAAGGUAUUGAAAUUGAGUGA